UAAAGUAGUGAUUGAUUCUUUAAAUUUGAAUCAUUGGAAAAAUGAUUUAAAUUCACAAUCGAUCAAUUAACAAUAAUUUUUCUAGUAUGUAAUAAAGUAACAGAAAAUUUUGAAAAUCCCAAAAUGUCCCUAAAUUCAUUUCCCCAAUUUCUAACAUAGAGAUCCAAAAACCUUAGUGAAAAAUUUGUGCAAUGCAGCUGCGACCGCGCCGCCGUAAUCACUCCCCUCCGGUGAUUCCUCCACCGUCCGUCCGCGGUGAAGUUCACCGCCGCCGCCGUAGAGGUCGAAAAACCCUAGACAAUGAUCGGAUCAGUCAGUUACCGGAUUCACUCCUCGUUCAAAUUCUGUCUCUUUUGCCAACAGUCGAAGCGUCCCGAACUUCAAUUCUCUCUAAAAGGUGGAAGUAUCUUUGGACUUUUGUUUACAAUUUCGACUUUGAUUUUAACAAAGAGCAAUUACAAGAGUUUGAAUGCUUUGUUGAUUAUGUAUUAGCUCAUUCCGCUGCUUACAAAAUUGUAAAAUUCAAACUCCGCGGACCCUUUUUCGGUGACUCUUUUUGCGAUGACUCCGGUAUUAACAGAUGACUUAAUUUUGCCGUUCAAAGAAAAGUGGAACAUGUUGAAUUGUGGUGAGAUGAGUAUAAAUCCAUUAGUAAAUCUUUCUGCACUUGUUUGUCUUUGAAAAUUUUGGAUACUAUAAGUUUUGAAUUUCCUUAUCAAAUGGCAAUAUCAUGGACGUCUCUAAAGAGCAUAAAGAUGAAGGAGAUAUGUUGUGAACACGUUGUGAAGUUACUGGCAGGCUGUCCAAAUUUGGAAGUUAUGGAACUUAAAAGCGUGAAGGCUUUUGGUAGGCUGGAAAUUAAUUCGUUAAAAUUAAAGAAACUGUAUUUGGAAGAUCUUUGUAUGGAUGAUGAGGAACCGAUUUCUCCUUGGAAAUAUUUGGGCCGAAUCUUCAGCAUUUUGAAAUUUCAGGAGUUCUUGAAGACGGCAAGUUUAGGCUACUAGAUGUGUCUUCCUUGAUUAACGCUUAUCUUAAUUUCAGCAAUAGUUGCUUCUGUGAAAAUGAUUGUGAGGAUGAACAUCAAGGCUUUAUGACCCUUGUCGUACAUAAUUUUCAAAAGUUGAGUUGCGUAACUGAGCUUACACUCGGAUCUUGGUUCACCGAGGUUUGUAUUCAACUCUUUCUGAUCUUGGUUCGCACAAAUUUCACAAACAUAAUUGGAUUGAUUAGAGAAACUUGUAGCCUUUCUACCUUUUCACAAUCCUUUAAUCUAAAAACCAGAUUUUUUACAGCGUUGUUGCUUAAAAUGUUUAGUAUCUCCGUGUUCUGUGCCUGUAGUUUCUUCUAGUCUCUUGUUCGUGGUGUUUUGGUGAUGUCUAUAAUUUCGAAUAGUGUCUUGUUUCCUUUAUUA